GAAAGGUCCCAUCUGAUGCCGAGGCUGAAGGAGUCUCGCUCCCACGAGUCCCUGCUCAGUCCCAGCAGUGCGGUGGAGGCGCUGGAUCUCAACAUGAAAGAGGUGGUCAUCAAGCCCGUGUACAGCAGCAUCCUGGGCCAGGACUACUGCUUCGAGGUGGCAACAUCAUCAGGAAGCAAGUGCUUCUCCUGCCAGUCAGCAGCUGAGUGUGAUAAGUGGACGGAGAAUCUGCGACGAGGAGUGCACUCCAACAAGGACAACAGCUGGUGUGUGGAGCACAUCCUGAAGCUGUGGGUGAUCGAGACCAAGGACCUGCUGGCCAAGAAGAAGUACCUGUGUGAGCUGUGCCUGGACAACUUGCUCUAUGCCUGCACCACGGGCAAACUCAAGAUGGACAAUGUCUUCUGGGGCGAGCACUUCGAGUUCUACAACCUGCCGCCCCUGUGCACCGUCACCGUCCACCUGUACUGGGAGACGGACAGGAAGAAGGAGCGCAACAGCUACCUGGGCCUGGUGAGCCUGUCCACUGCGUCAGUGGCUGGGCAGCAGUUUGUGGAAAAGUGAUACCCGGUGGUGAUGCCCAACCCCAAAAGCAGCAAGAGCCCUGGACCAAUCCGCAUCAAGGCACGCUACCAGACCAUCACCAUCCUGCCCAUGGAGAUGUACAAGGAGUUUGCUAAGCACAUCACCAACCACUACCUGGUGCUCUGCACAGCACUUGAGACCAUCCUCAGUGCCAAGACCAAGGAGGAGAUGGCGUCGGCCCUGGUGCACAUCCUGCAGAGCAUGGGCAAAGUGAAGGACGUCCUGACAGACCUGAUGAUGUCAGAGAUGGACCGCUAAGGGGACAAUGAGCACCUCAUCUUCUGGGAAAACACAUGGGCCACCAAGGCCAUCAAAAAGUACCUCAAGUUGGUGGGCCAGAAGUACCUGCAGGACGUGCUAGGUGAGCUCAUCAAAGCACUGUAUGAGUCAGACAAGAACUGCGAAGUGGACCCAAGCAAGUGCUUAGCCACUGACCUCCCUGAGUACCAGGGCAACCUCAAGAUGUGCUGCGAACUGGCCUUCUGCAAGAUCAUUAACUCCUACUGCAUCUUUCCUUAGGAGCUGAAAGAGGUGUUUGCCUUGUGGGCAGGAGUGAGGCAGGAGUGCAGCAGCUGCGGCUGGCAUGACAUCAGCAAGCAGCUCAGCAGUGCUGCCUCCCUGUUUCUGUGCUUCCUCUGCCCUGCCAUCAUGUCACCCUCACUCUUCAACCUGCUGCAGGAGUACCCCAAUGACCACACGGCCCGCACCCUCACCCUCAUCGCUAAGGUCACCCAGUACCUGGCCAGCUUCGCCAAGUUUAGCAGCAAAGAGGAGUACAUGUCGUUCAUGGACCAGUUCCUGGAGCACGAGUGGACCAACAUGCAGGGCUUUCUGCUGGAGAUCUCCAACCCUGACACCAUCUCCAACCCAGCUGGUUUCGAGGGUUACAUCGACCUGGGUCACGAGCUGUCCAGCCUGCACUCGCUGCUCUGGGAGGCCGUCAGCCAGCUGGAGCAGAGCAUCGUAUCCAAACUGGGGCCCCUGCCUCGAAUCCUGAGGGAUAUCCACGCAGCGCUGAGCACCCCAGGCAGUGGGCAGCUCCUGGGGACCAAUGAUCUGGCCUCCAUGCCUGGCUCUGGGAGCAGCAUCUCAGCUGGACUACAGAAGAUGGUGAUCAAGAACUAUCUCUCUGGGUCCUCUAGGAUCCAGCCCUCACCUGUCUGCAGCUCCAGUAACUCAGAAGCCAACGAGCCUGGUGGCCAGGUGGCCGGCUCAGGCAGCCCCACUCUGGGCCUCACAGUGUGGUGGGCAGGCCAGACGCUGACCACACUCGGCACCUCCGAGGGUGCACCAGGCCAGCCCCAGCUGUUGGCGCCACUCUCUUUCCAGAACCCUGUGUACCAGAUGGCGGCUGGCCUGCCGCUGUCACCCCGCGGCCUUGGCAACUUGGGCUCCAAGGGCCACAGCUCUCUAAGCUCCCACAACAACAAUGAGGAGCUGGUGGCUGCUGCCAAGCUGGGAAGUAUCGGCUGUGCUGCUGAGUUCGGGCGGCGGCCAGGGGAGCUGGUGCAGUGGCAGAUGUCUCUGACUGAAAAGGGUGGACAGCCCACAGCACCGCGGCACAACAGCGCCGGCCCCCAGCGUCAGAUAGACCAGCCCCCACUGCCGCCCCUUGUCUCCCGUGGCCAGACACUGCCCACCCUCCUGAGCACCCUGCAGUACCCGCGGCCCUCAGGCAGCACCUUGGCGUCGGGGUCGCCUGACUGGGCCGGCCUGGGAGCCAGGCUGCGGCAGCAGCCCUCCUCCUCCACGGGCAACAGCCCUGAGCUGAAGCCUCGUGAGGUGCACAAGCAGGGCCCUUCACCUGUGAACCCUAAUGCACUGGACCGCACGGCCACUUGGCUCUUGACUGUGAACGCGCAGUUGUUAGAAGACAGGGCCUGGGCCCAGAUCUCCCCCUACAGGAAUAGGCUAAGGAGUAAGGAGGAGCUCAACCAAGCAGAAAAGGACCUGGCGGUGCUGCAGGACAAGUUACGCAUCUCCACCAAAAAGCUGCAGGAGUAUGAGACCGUAUUCAAGUGCCAGGAGGAGAAGACACAGAAGCUGGUGCUGGAGUACCAGGCUCAGCUGGAGGAGGGCGAGGAGCGGCUGUGGUGGCAGCAGGAGGGCAAGGACAUCCAGGUGAAGGGCAUCAUCAGCAGGUUGAUGUCCGUGCAGGAGGAGCUGAAGAAGGAGCAUGCAGAGAUGCAAGCAGCUCUAGAUUCCAAACAGAAGAUCAUUGAUGCCCAGGAGAAGCACAUCAUCUCCCUGGACGCUGCCAACGCCUGCCUCCUGAGCACCCUGAUGCAGCUGAAAGAGGAUAUGCAUUAG